GGAAAAGGGCCAUUCAUGAUCUGUCUGCCUCGCUGUGCUCGGAUUCAUCCGCUCAUACGGGGACAACAUGGCUGCGUUAAGCGGCGUCGUGAAUAAACUGGUAUCUUUUUGGAUACCAAACGUUACACUUAUCCGCCGAUAUAUGCCGGUUUUUUUCUUCGGUCUUUCACUCACAGGUUCAGUACUGAAAGAGCUGGACGUGGUCCCAGAGACAUACUUCAGCAGCAGUAGAAAUGUCUUAAACCUCUAUUUCGUGAAGGUCUCCUGGGGCUGGAACCUGGUUUUGCUGCUGCCAUUUCUAUUUCUCUCCAACUCAUACAACAGAAACCUCAUCUUUGUGUUAAGACGGCUCACAUCUCUUCUGGUGGCAACAGUCAUUUGGUACGUCUGCACCGAGGCGUUUUUCUACAUUGAAGACAUUACAGGGAACUGCUACGACUCCAUGCAAGUCAUCCAUGAAGAAUUCAGCACAAAAGCUGAGUGCAGAAAAUCUGGUUUUGUCUGGGAUGGCUUUGACAUCUCAGGGCACUCAUUCAUCCUAGCUUACUCUACACUCCUCAUUGUUGAAGAGAUGGUUCCCAUGCUCCACUUAGUGCAACACAACCAAAACAGAACAGUUGUUCUUGAUGUUCUCUAUGUUGCGCUCAAUGCCAUCGUGGUCAUUUGGAUAUGGAUGUUUGCCUGUACCUCUGUGUACUUCCAUGACACCAUUCACAAAAUUCUGGGGACCUUAUUUGCAGUCUUGGGAUGGUUUGCGACAUACAAGGUUUGGUAUCUGAAGCCGUGCUCCCCGGGACUGCCUCCGUUCCACAGUGAACACAAACAACACGACUAGACUGAACACUUCACACUAGUUCGAAAGAUUGCAGCCUUGGAACAAACUGACACUAAAUUAGCUCACAAAACAUUGACCAGGUCCAUUCUAUGUGUGUUUUCUGUCCUUUUUAAAGGUCAUUUGUAACGGGGGGUAUUCGUGUGCUUAUCUCUCAGAGGUGAUGGGCAGCUGGCGUUCCAAAAUUGACUCUGUAAUCUGAGAGAAAUGCUACAUGUGGUAUGCAUGUCUCAAGUGACCACAUUAUCUAAUCCUUAUUGUUGCCUUCAAAACGUCAGUGGCUUCAGACAGGGUAGUGACAUCUGCCUUUGCACAAUGUGCCACUUUAAAUACAAUUGUACACAAUCAGUGUGUUGAAUUUCAGCAUAUUGCAUAGUCAUUUACUUAUGAAAUUGUGGUUUUUGUGUGUUUUUUGCUUUUCCAGUUGUUGAUAUUACUCAAUUUAAUUUAAUUUUUGGCUGAAUGUCAUUUUAAUCCAGUGCCAUUGUCUAUACUGAAAAAAUGUUAUCUUGGCAAGUUGAAAGCAUUGGCAUUAUAUCUGAUAUUUCUCAAUUUGCGAUUGCUACAAGAAUAUAGUAAGGUUUUACAGGUUGUUCUAGAUAUUUAUUAUAGAUGUAUUAACAAGUAAAAUUCUUCCCUUUCUUCAAGUAAAAUUAAAUCUGCCAAGAUUGCUAUUGGCAGAUUUUUUUUCAAAACACACCAUCAGCAAUUGGCCAGUUAUUUACCUGAAUUCUGGCUGAUCUGUAUUGCAAUUUUUUGACGUUACUAUGCUGUAAAUAACCUGAGGCAGGGAAGUGCAUUCGCACUGUGUUUGAAUGCUGCUACCACAACUGUACCAAAAUGUUCUAGCAUGUGCGUUUUGUGUUAAAAGCCAGUUGCCUCUUACUUUCGAUAUAGCAGUUUUGUUGAUUCAUGUUAUUUAAAUGGGAGGCUAAGUUUUUAUUCCUGAAUUAGGCUCAAGCUGAUUGAUGAUGGGUAGUUUCCAUCAGAAUUGUUGAUCGAGUGGGACAGUUUGAAUGUCCUUAAAACAUGCUGUCCACUGCGUUAAGAUGCAGAAGAGUAAUUAUGUUUGUCUCACUAGUUUUCUAUUAACGAGUUUCCUCAUUCAGCCGUGAUGUGUUUAGUGGCUUUAAAAAGCAGUACUGCAGAGGUGAUGGUGUGUUUAAUCUGUUUAUUGAGACCACACAGUGGCCAGUAAUUUGAUGUAAAGAAAUCAGAAUUGGCUAUAAAAAUCUAUGAUUGCUUCCCUAGAUUAGUGAUAACUUUAUAAAAAUGUUCAGAAAUAGGAUGAAUAAUCUAAUAAUAUUCUUACGACACAACAAGGAGAAAUAUUACAUGCAUUGCCCCCAUAAUACCUACAUUUGAGAUGCUUUCUCUUGCCAAGAUAUCUAUUUUUGCAGUGUAGUAAUAGUAGUAAUAAGUCAAAUAGCCUGGACUUGUGGUGUAAUGUUGAAGGCCUUUCACUGCAUCAUUUCCCAAAACAUUCCCAUGGAGAGAUAAGUGUCAAAACGUCUUCAUGAUUCUAAUACUCCACAAGUCUAGUCACCUUCUAGACAGCUCAUUGACCAGGCUGACUGAAAACUUUUACUUGCCAUUAUUCCAGAAGCUUGUAUCCAACCAAAAUCAACCCAGAUUAAUAAAUUCUUUACAGGUUUAUCUCUAAUCUGAACUCCAAAGUUCUUGCGUUUUGUGUGUCAUAGUGAACUGAACUGUUUUUCAGGUGUUCUGUUUCUGGCUGUAAUAGUAUUGAAUUCUGUUUGUCUGCAGUCUCUGUUUGUCUCAAAAUAGCUUUUAAUCAAGAUACAUUUUAGGUUUUAUAAGUAAUAUAUACAAAAAUAUAUUGAGUAUGAUUGAAAGUUUGACAAACUUGGGACCCGUUAUAGGAAUCUACCAAAGUAUUAAAAUCCCCUACUGGAUUUGGCCUCAUAUUUAGUGAUGCUUGUUUAAAGCAGUGCUUGCCUGCUUCCUCAAGAUGUUCUAAAAGAUGACUUGAAUGGACCCAAACGCACAACUGCCAUAAUGUUUGGUUACUCCAGAACACUAACAUUUCUCUGAUAUUAAACAUUUUAGCACUUGAAAGCCUGUACUGUAUGUGGUAUGUUGUACAGCAAUGUCUGAUAAUCUGUUAGAUUUUUAUUUUAGUCUAAUUUGUGAUGUCAAACUUGACCUGUAAAGAAUAUUGUAAUUAAACAUUCAGUCCACCAGU